AAUUUGGGCGCCUUUCUUGAAUUUGUAGACAACUUUCAGUGCUCCCCCUCCGUAUUGUGACUUGGUUUCCUCAAGCGGAAAGAUUGUACCGCCUGCCUCUGUACGGGAGACUUCCGGCUGCGAUCAUUGGCUUACACUGGCGGUGCCAGAGGUUCUGGGACACAGAAGAAGAUGGCAGAGCACCCACCGGCCUCAGAGGAAGAUCCACUCAAGGAGGUUCUGGCCCAGUGGGAGAACAUUAACAGAAUUCUGAAGCGUCACGGCUGCAGCCCUGUCAGUGUAUCCAAAGCCCCGGACAAGGGCAGUCUCUCAGGGGCGGUUCUGUUGGACCAUCAGGCUUCCCUGGCAGUGACCUCUGCACUCACAUCCCUGGUACAGGACACAGAGAGACGGCAGAACCUGAUCCACGGCCUCAUCCAGUCCAAUAACCAACUCAAGGAGGAUGCCCGCCAGCAGCAGGGCCGGGCCGCCCGACAGGAGCAGAGGGCCACUGACCUACAGAACAUAUUGGACAGUGUCAAAGCCAAAAUCCGGGAUCUGGAGGACGAUUUUAUCUCUAAGACCCGACAGCAGCAGAACCAAGUGGCGGAGCUUCUAAAGGAGAAACAGGCGGCCAAUGAGCAGUGCCAGAAGCAGCAGGAGAAGUUGGGGCAACUGGAGGAGAAGGUGGGGCAACUGAAGGAGCAGCUCUCCCGGGCACAGAGCGCAGAGGAGAGGAGAGGGGCCGCUCAGAGGAAAACCUUCCUGCAGCUCCUGAGCCGGCUCCCCCGCGACAAUAAUGGAACGGACCAGCAGAUACUGGAUAUCAUUGGUGGAUAUGAGGGUCAGGUGACCCAGCUGCAGAAAGAGCUCAGGAAAUACAAGAUGGCCGAUGUGGAGGUGUCAGUCAGGGACAGGAAGUACUCCCAGGAACCCCUAAAUCUGGAUACAACUCCCAAUUACAGAGCUUUGCUGAAGUCGUAUCAGGAACAAAUGAGAGACGCCAAAGAGAAGAGAGAGCAGCUCCUGCGAGACAUCUGCAACUUGCAGCGAGAGCUAGAGGCCAGACCCGCCCCCCGGGAACUGAAACUCUACAAACAGCAGGUCCGGAAACUGGAAAAACUGCUCCGACAGAACAACAUCAGUUUCCGUGGGACGAUGCGAGAGAAGAAUGAGAGGAAGGCGCCGGCGCCGCCCAGUACCAGGGUAGAGGAUGUGGAUCAGCUCCCAACAGACGAGUGCCGGCGGUACCUACAGGAAAUCUGCAGGGAGCUCGGCGUCCGGGAUCUCAGGGAUCUUGUUCCUGUCUCUUCCGCUAAAGUGCGAGAGGCCGAAACGUGCGCCAAGUUACACAGGAUCCUGAGUGGGAUCCGCUCGCUGCUCAGCAGCCCCCAGGCCCCCCAGCUCCUGUAUAAGGGCAGUUCCCGAGGUCCCGGGAGUAGCGCCAUCGAUCCCAGGGAGGAGUCAGACUUUUUGCAUCUGCUGCCAACCAUAGAGAUGUGGGCAGGGCAGCUGCUGUCCCUCAAGGAACUGUACCGGUCUCUCCAUAACCUCAGCGAGAAGGUAUUGCCCCACCCCCUGCCCAGCCCGGUACCCGGGGGCCCCGCCAGCGUCCGAGUGGAGGAUCUGCAGCUUCUACUGGAUUCCAUGAUUGAGGAUGUGGAGAGCCAAAAGCAGGCCCCGGGCAGUCUCUCCCCACACACUCUGUUGGCGUUGGUCUCGCACUUCCAGAAGCUGUUCGACGCGCCCUCGCUGAGCGGAGUGUACCCCCGUAUGAAUGAGGUGUACAGCAGACUGGGGGAGCUGAGCAACAUGAUGAAGAGCCUGUGCUGCCUCCUGGGGAUCGAUGGCGUUGCCUCCUCCAGCGCGGUGGUUAAUGGCGUGUGGCGCCUGUGCCGAGACCACGAGGGCGGAGACAGCCGGAAGCUGCAGCAAAUCCUCGGCACAUUGGACAUUGACAGUGUCAUUAACAAGAUCCAGGAGCACGAGGAAUUCUUUCCAGCAUUUGAAGGGUUAAUAAAAGCCCUGCUGAACCUCCUGGAAAUUGACCAAUUGGAUGAGAUCCUGCCGGAGGUGCGCAGACUAAAGGCGCAAGUGGCACAUUAGCGGUGGGGGGGGUGUUGUUUAUACAGAUGACUUUUUAUUAAUAAAUAUAUUUAUUAAGAA